AUGAAGACAAUUUAAAUGUUCUUUAACUGCCUACACGUACCUCACCAUCUUUGACCUCUUCAGUUUGAUCACCUGUCUCAUCAGCUCCUGGGUGACCAUGAAGAAACCCAGCCAGGUUUACUCGUUUGGGUUUGAAAGACUGGAGGUUUUGGCAGUUUUUGCCUCCACUGUUCUCGUCCAGCUGGGAGCUUUGUUCAUCCUGAAGGAAAGUGUGGAGCGCUUCAUGGAGCAGCCUGAGGUCCAUACCGGGCGUCUGCUGGUCGGGACCUUCGUCGCUCUCUUCUUCAACCUGCUGACUUUACUGUCGGUCAGGAACAAACCAUUCGCCUACGUCUCAGAAGGUACGUCCUGCCUCUUCAUCGCACUCGAUGCUGCUCCUGUGAUGCUUUCCCUGAAGCAGAGCCUGCUCGGAUCCUUCUCGUAUCCGGUCUCUGCACUGGUCUUGAGCUCGGCCUGUUAUCAGUGCGGCCGCCCGGUUCGGGGACUCUUGGACCUCGCUGACAUCCUGUCCCAGACGUCAGCUGUGUAG